AUGGUUGCUAAAGUUCUUGUUCUUCUUGGUACUCUUAGAGCAAAUUCUAAUAGUGCUGCUUAUGCAAAUGCUUUUAUUGAAGGACUUAAAUCAAAGAUGGAAAUUGAUGUAAAAACCAUUAAUUUAACAAAGAAAGCAGUUGGUGGAUGUAGUGAAUGUUUUGCUUGUGUUCCUCACAAAGAAUUGUUUUGUACAGAAAAAGAUGAAUUUAUAGAAAUAGCAAAUGAAUUUCUUAAUGCAGACAUUGUUUUAUUUGCACAUCCAGUAUUUUGGCUUUCAAUUCCUGGAGAAGUUAAGAAUUUUAUUGAUAGAAUGAUUUGUGUAUUUGACUUUGAUACUAAUACAUGCAAAGAUUCAUUUAAAGAGAAUUUUGGAAAGAAAUAUGUUGUUUGUAUGCCAAAUUGUAGAAGAACAACAAAAGAAACUGCUGUGAAUGCUGAAAAGCCUAUUGAAUGUUUUUUGUGA